AUGAUUGUUCUUGCUGUCUUUACCAUUGUCGAAGCGCUUCUCUUGGCCUCCACGACGUCCCUUUAUGAUCCAUCCAUUGUGUACAUGGCCAUGGUUGGUACCGCAGUGAUCGUGGUGUGCCUGAUUCUGUACGCCUCCAGUACCGAGCGAGAUUUUACUGGUUAUUACCCCUAUCUGUGGGUUUUCUGCCUGUCUCUCUGCCUCUUUGGUAUUUUCUGUAUCUGGUCACCCUUCACGUAUGCGAUCUACUCUGCCCUGGCCAUCUUCCUCUUUUCUGCUUAUAUUGUAUGCGAUACUCAACUGAUUGUGGGAGGAAAAGGCAGAGCGGAGUUGGGCGUGGAUGACUAUGUUUUUGGAGCGCUCGUUCUGUAUCUGGAUAUUAUCAAUCUGUUCCUAUAUUUAUUAUCUUUCCUCUCGGCUACUAUUAACAGAGAUUGCGGUGUUUGUUAUUAUCAAACAAUCAAACAAACAACACAGUAA